UGCCACUCGGUGAUUGGCCGUGUCUGAAGCCGCGCUCCGGCGUUGCGUCGCAGCCUUAGGUCCAGCCGAGCGCCGACUCACGCCCCAGCCCCAAUUGGGCGGCCGGUUUCCAAUCGGAAGGGCUUCUGAGCCUCAGUCUUCGGGCGGCGCUGACCAUUGGCGGGCAGGAUGGAGGCGGAGCCUUGGGUCGUCGCCCGCCGCCGGGGGUUAAGGUGAGCGACUGCAGGCAAACCCGGCGACAGCGCAGCUCGCGUCGACCCUGGCUCCUCUGCCUGCCCCUCGCGUCGACCCUGGCUCCUCUGCCUGCCCCCUCGGGCCCCCGCCUCUUUCAGGAUGACGCUGGACGUGGGGCCGGAGGAUGAGCUGCCCGACUGGGCCGCCGCCAAGGAGUUUUACCAGAAGUACGACCCUAAGGACGUCAUUGGCAGAGGAGUGAGCUCUGUGGUCCGCCGUUGUGUUCAUCGAGCUACUGGCCACGAGUUUGCGGUGAAGAUUAUGGAAGUGACAGCUGAGCGGCUGAGUCCUGAGCAGCUGGAGGAGGUGCGGGAAGCCACACGGCGAGAGACACACAUCCUUCGCCAGGUCGCCGGCCACCCCCACAUCAUCACCCUCAUCGAUUCCUACGAGUCUUCUAGCUUCAUGUUCCUGGUGUUUGACCUGAUGCGGAAGGGAGAGCUGUUUGACUAUCUCACAGAGAAGGUGGCCCUCUCUGAAAAGGAAACCAGGUCCAUCAUGCGGUCUCUGCUGGAAGCAGUGAGCUUUCUCCAUGCCAACAACAUUGUGCAUCGAGAUCUGAAGCCCGAGAAUAUUCUCCUAGAUGACAAUAUGCAGAUCCGACUUUCAGAUUUCGGGUUCUCCUGCCAUUUGGAACCUGGCGAGAAGCUUCGAGAGUUGUGUGGGACCCCAGGGUAUCUAGCGCCAGAGAUCCUUAAAUGCUCCAUGGAUGAAACCCACCCAGGCUAUGGCAAGGAGGUCGACCUCUGGGCCUGUGGGGUGAUCUUGUUCACACUCCUGGCUGGCUCGCCACCCUUCUGGCACCGGCGGCAGAUCCUGAUGUUACGCAUGAUCAUGGAGGGCCAGUACCAGUUCAGUUCCCCCGAGUGGGAUGACCGUUCCAGCACUGUCAAAGACCUGAUCUCCAGACUGCUGCAGGUGGAUCCUGAGGCACGCCUGACAGCUGAGCAGGCCCUACAGCACCCCUUCUUUGAGCGUUGUGAAGGCAGCCAACCCUGGAACCUCACCCCCCGCCAGCGGUUCCGGGUGGCAGUGUGGACAGUGCUGGCUGCUGGACGAGUGGCCCUAAGCACCCAUCGUGUACGGCCACUGACCAAGAAUGCACUGUUGAGGGACCCUUAUGCGCUGCGGUCAGUGCGGCGCCUCAUCGACAACUGUGCCUUCCGGCUCUACGGGCACUGGGUAAAGAAAGGGGAGCAGCAGAACCGGGCGGCUCUCUUUCAGCACUGGCCCCCUGGGCCUUUUCCCAUCAUGGGCCCUGAAGAGGAGGGAGACUCUGCUGCUAUAACUGAGGAUGAGGCCGUGCUUGUGCUGGGCUAGGACCUCAAUCCCAGGGAUUCCCAGGAAGCAGAACUCUCCAGAAGAAGGGUUUUGAUCAUUCCAGCUCCUCUGGGCUCUGGCCUCUGGCCUCAGGCCCACCACUGAUCCUGCUACCCUCUUGAAGACCAGCCCGGUACCUCUCUCCCCACUGGCCAGGACUCUGAGAUCAGAGCUGGGGUGGAAGGGAGCCACUCUGAACGCCACGCCUGGCCCGGUCAGUGCUGCAUGCACUGCAUAUGAAAUAAAAUCUGCUACACGCCAGGGAGAA